AUCCGAUCUAUUUGGUUCAUAUGCAGAGGCAUCUUGUGCUGCCCUUGUUGUUGCAGGACUGGUGCUGCUACCAAUGUUAUCUUUGGUCUUGCCUUGGGAUACAAGUCUGUUAUCAUUCCAAUUUUUGCCAUUGCAAUUAGUAUUUUUGUAAGUUUCAGUUUUGCUGCUAUGUAUGGUGUUGUUGUUGCUGCACUUGGAAUGUUGAGUACUAUAGCAACCGGAUUAGCCAUCGAUGCAUAUGGUCCAAUCAGUGACAAUGCCGGAGGUAUUGCUGAGAUGGCUGGAAUGAGUCACAGAAUUCGUGAGAGAACCGAUGCUCUUGAUGCUGCAGGAAACACAACUGCUGCCAUUGGAAAGGGGUUUGCUAUUGGUUCUGCCGCCCUUGUGUCUUUGGCCCUUUUUGGUGCCUUUGUGAGCCGUGCUGGUGUUACAACCGUCGAUGUCCUGACUCCCAAGGUUUUCAUCGGUCUGAUUGUGGGCGCCAUGCUCCCUUACUGGUUUUCUGCCAUGACCAUGAAGAGUGUCGGAAGUGCAGCAUUGAAGAUGGUUGAGGAAGUUCGCAGGCAAUUCAACACGAUUCCUGGAUUGAUGGAGGGAACUGCGAAACCUGACUAUGCCACAUGUGUGACAAUCUCCACCGACGCUUCCAUCAAAGAAAUGAUCCCACCUGGUGCCCUUGUUAUGCUAACACCCCUUAUUGUUGGGAUCUUUUUUGGUGUUGAAACACUUUCUGGUGUCCUUGCCGGAUCAUUGGUUUCUGGUGUACAGAUUGCCAGUUUGAAAAGGAAAGUUCUGUUGAAAAUGAAAUUCCUGCUGUGCUGUUUGAUAUCAGUUUGAAAUUCCUGCUAUCAGUUUGAAAAGGAAAGUUCUGUUGAAAAUGAAAUUCCUGCUGUGCUGAAAGAGCAGCUAGAAUUAGAGCUGAACAAAUUUCCGAGGCUGCAACGACCCAAUUACAAGAGGCUAACGAAGCAAUGCGAGCUGCUACCGAGGCUGCAAAAGCUGCUACCGAGACUGCACAAAGGAUGGAGAGGGAGAUGAAUGCUUGGAAGGAAUUUAUGAUGAAGAAAUUUGACACUUCAACUUUUGUAUCACAUUCUCAUCAUUAUGAUGACGAUUUGGAUGAUCAAUCAUUAGAUGAAGAUUGAUCUUGUACUUUUAGUAGAACGAAUUAAUCUCGGAUGUGAUUACUUUUUGUGUAUGUUUUUUGAAAGUUAAUGUGGGUAGAACUUUUGUAGUUACUUUCACGAAUGUUUAAAAUUGUUUCCAAAUGUUUUACCAUAAAUA